GUGUUGUUGCCGAUAUUCCAUAUCGCCACUUUUACGUCCUUGAGAAGGCUGAGAGGCCAUUUGGGGCGAAGCUUGCCUACUUUUCGUAUCUCGCCAGCAACCGGCGAGACAAAAUCCCGGAACUUUCCAUCAUCCUCAUAUUAGCUGCUGUUAUUGUCCCGGAGCCCAGAACCAUUCGUUUGCAGGGUUGGGGGAACAACAAGUCGAACCAUGGCGAUCGUGGCCGACAAGGUGCGUCGCUUAGACGUACAUAUUGACAGGAUCCUCGGACUAGAGCCCGGCUCGAUCCCGGAUGCCGAGCAGGAUCAACAAGAGACGGGGUUGCUCACGGCCGUGAGCGAGCCGCCUUCACCCCGUGCCGAUGAGCUCUUGCGCAUAGCUAGGACCUUGUCUACUGCCUCUCGGUCCGGCACCUUUCUGCCCCCUUCUCGUAUCAAGCAGCUGCUGGAGGAUUCGGGCCUGGCCACGGAGACGGAACUUGCCGAGCAGGGAGAAGUCGGCGUUGAGAGCCAGUAUGAGCGUGAUAUCGAAUGGCUCCUGGUGGCCAAGGCUACGGUUCAGACUUACGGCAUCUUGAUGAGCAACUUCUUCGACGAAAUCAUGCCUCUCAGCGAUGACAUAUGGUACUGGGACGAUGUGCUCAGUUCAUAUCCCAAGAGCUGUUUGUACGCGACGCAAAUCGCGCCGGCUAGGGCGUGGUCUCGAGCCAAAGAGGUCUACGAUGUGGCUUGUGAACGGAUCCGAAACAUUCACUUGCAGCAGCAGUCGGAGGGUGUCGAAGCGGCGCAGACAGGCGAAUCUCUCAGUGAGGGAGUGUCACAGAAGUGGUCACAGUUUUACUCCAUCGUGCGGCAAAGCAUGGCUGAGACUUCCGUCUCCAACCUUCGACGCAAGAUUCUCUCUCCAGUCGAUCUGGCCCGCGCUGAAGCUCGCCGAAAGCGAGCAGAGCUCCAGAAGCUCAGGGAAACGAUCGCUGCCGGGCUAGGAAUCCUAGUGGAUGAGGGCUUGGCCUUCGAUUCUAACGCGGAAGAGGAUAAGGGGCUCGAAUCGAGACUCAUGGCGGCAGACAGCACGCUGGCUGAUAGUAUUGCUCUGAUGGACGCAAUUCUCACCAACUCGGCGGAAACCAACGAACCACUUUCCGUGUUCGAGGACUCUGUCUUUGCAUAUGCCAGAGACGUUCGGGGCGCUUUCAGCACUACCGAUAGCUCUAAACCCAAACCCUCGUCUGUUGCUGAACGCCUAAUCCAGAUUCUGGACCAUAGCUUGGUACAGCACAACACAGCCGUCGCCAAACACGUUUCCGAAAACGGAAGGCCGUCCCCCGUGGUCCGGUACUGGCUUCCCGCUCUGGCUUUGCUCGUGUCAUCUCCCACCAUUCUCUACGUGCUCGUCAAGCGGCGCGACAGCAUCAUCGACUGGAUCCAGAACCUCGGUGUGACCGUCCGCGACUUCUGGUUCAACUGGGUCAUCGACCCCAUCCGCAAGGUCAUCGGCACCAUCCGCCACGAUGAGAACAGCGAGAUUGCCAUCAUGAGCCGCGACAGCCUCAAGGCCGACAGGGAGAGCUUGGAACGGAUGGUGGUCGAGUUCACGCUGGACAACCCCUCCGUGGCCGUUGGAUCGCCUAAUGUCACCGACCUCCAGAUUGCUGAUAUCCGCGCAAAGGUCAGGGAGGGAGAUGUGACGCCCGUCUUGAAGGCCUACGAAAAGGGUCUCCGCCGUCCCUUUGUCGGCGCCGUCAGCGGUGACUUGGUCCGGUCGCUGCUGAUCCAGGUGCAGAAGACCAAGGUCGAUCUAGAGGUGGCUAUUAGUGGUAUCGACUCGCUUCUUAAGAGCCAGGAAUUGCUCUUUGGCUUUGUCGGGUUGGCGCCCGGUGUUGUUGUCUCCAUCGGCAUCGUCCAAUACCUCAGAACCGUCUUCGGCAGCCGCAAGGGUCUCCGCAGAGGAGAAAAGGUUCGCCGCGUCGUUAGGGUGCUGAGGAAGAUGGACAGGAUCCUGGCUGCGGGCGCUACCAACCCCAAGGGCGAGCUCAACUACAAGGACCGCGGUCUGCUGCUUUGCGAGGCGCAUGUGCUCCGCGAGCUCGCUACCGAAGUGCUCCCUGGAGACGUCAAGCGGGAGUUCCUGGAGGAUCUGGAGGACUUGACGAGUGUGAAGAAUCUCGUGCUCCAGGAGAAGGCUCUGCAGAGAAUUCGGUGGGCGUAUGCUGAGUGGUUGGGCAAGAAAUAGGGGAUUGUGAGAGCUUCAUCAACAGAUGAUCCCUAGCGCGGGAGUUGGUGGAUGGCGGCAAGCGUUGGGCUGUUCUAUGAUAUGAUCAGUGUACUUUAGUGCACGACGACGACUAGACUAGACCUUUAUGAUUUUGCUAUAUGUAUGACAUUUUAUGAGAUGUAG